AUGUCAGCUUUGGAAGAACUGCGAAACUUUUACUACGACCGGCUCUCCCGUGAACUUGUGUCUCGAACAACGCUUCAAGUUGUGGUAGAAUCAGUGGUGAUGGCUUUCGUAGCUCUGAGCGCUUUUCUUGGAAACAUAUUGGUCUGUGUAGCAGUGACUCGAAACCCGCGUCUCCAUACACCCACGAAUAUCCUGAUCUGCGCCCUCUCUGUGACGGACAUCACGAUGUCGGUGUGUACGAUACCUCUAACCGUUGGUGUGCUGAUAUCGGGGCGAUGGAUCUACAGCAAAGCAGUGUGUCAAUUCCAAGGAUCCUUUCCACUGACAUUAGCGGUUAUAUCGUUACAACUCAUGGUUACUAUUGCCAUCAACAGAUACCUGUGUGUUAUUAAACCCAGUCUUUAUCGCCGGAUCUUCACAGUGAGGAAAUCUCUUGGAUUUUCCGUGGGUGUCUUCUGCUUGGCAUGUCUCCCGACUCUGUCUCCGAUGUUUUACGCCCGCGACGAUUACGCCUUUCACCCGGGAAAAGCAUACUGCGCCUUCGCUAUGGAGAAGAAUUUCAUUUUUGCCCUCUGUAUGGGAAUGGGGUUUAUCAUGAGCCCCUUCAUCAUCAUGUCGUACUUGUAUUGUCGGAUCUAUUGGUCGGUACGUCGUGCGGCUUUCCCGCAGAGCGGCAACGCCGAUGCAGAAAGCCAAAGAAAUGCGCACGUACAGGAGGUCAAAGUGACCAAAACUCUGGCGGCUGUCCUUGUUGGCUUUUCUCUUUGUUGGUUUCCAGUAAUGAUCAUCGACCAGAUCGACAUGACCAAUGGCGCGCCAAUGUUGCCGAGAAAAGUUUAUUACUUUUACGGUUUGUCAAUUUACAUGUCCUCUGCCAUCAAUCCCGUACUAUACGGACUCCUCAACAGGUCAUUUCGUAUCGAAUACAAGAAAAUCAUCACUUGGAAGUCUUUAUGAACACUUCAGUAAAUUUUAGCGGAAAACUGUAACGUUGAUCUAUGCAUGUCCGUAUACUUUUAGCCUGCAAAAGCUCGAAUCCGAUUCUUAUUGCUGUUUUAGAAAGCUGCCGCUGUCGUGGCGCGCAGUACUUUUAGAGUUAUGAUAAACCGGCACGGGUAACGAGUGAAAAACCGAAAGAAAAUAAUUGAAACUUUAUCAUCAAUAAAAAGGCCACGAGGAGUUGGUUUACAUGUAUAAUCUCAGGAGCACUAAGUAUUGUUAAUUUUGUUCUGUGUUCAAGCGAAGAAAGGUUGGUUUUUGGCUUAAAUUUUGGGCAUUAGACUUGAAUGUGUUUCGUUUAAUCGCAGACGGAUAUUUUGCAUAAGAUUGCUGCUGCUUUCCUUAGAUUCGAUUUCAAGCGCACGACCAAGCCACGAAA